CGGGCCCGUUGUCACAUGACCAUGCAUCGAAGCGACCAAUCUACACCCAACUUUAUUACCACGUGACGUGUUAAUUUCCUGAAUAAUCAAUUUUCGACGCAAUUUACCCUACUCGGGAGAUUCCGUUAAUUUCUGUGACAAGCGUAAAAGUUUCAUCAACAGCCGCCAUCUUAUAAUUUCAGCGAAAUUCACUCGUCGGAAUUAAAAGCCUUUUGAUUGGUUUUAUUCAAUUCUUUGGGAUAGUUAUCCAGGUAUAUGUUUCAUUUGUAUAUCGGAGUAUAAGAUUACAUCGAACUGGCUUGGAAUGUUGAGAUGAAAUGGACAAUGGUGAGACAAAAAUUUCAAUUGUGAGCCGCUUUGUGCUCGCUAACAUGGAGUAGCGAACGUAAUUUUUGUUGAAGCUAUUUUAAAGAUGUUUCUAAUCAGGGUCAUGGAAUGGGUAGCAACUCAAGCUUUGUCUUUUUCAUUGUUGCAUACUCAAAUUUAAAAUUUAUUGAUUUUGAUUUUUUGGAACGAUCAGCCGGAUAAAUCAUCCAAGGCGUCGGAUCAAACAUGGCUGACCAGCUUGUGGAUGGGCCACCAGCGGCUAAAAGACAGAAAACGGCUUCUAAUUCGCCGAUGCGAACACCCAGCGACAGUGGAGAUUUCAGCCUAGUAAAUAGUUUGUUAGCUAUAGCAGGGGACUUGCCAGAUGAGUUGAUGAACAAUGGAGGCCAGAGUACAUCUAAUGAUCUUCUUGGGGCUGGCACAAGCAUGCAUGGUUCAAUGGAUAAUAAUCCCCAAAAUCACCAGGAAUUGUCACAGUUAUUAUCAAGUUCCAACCAAACUCACAAAAUUGGAUCAUCUAUCAACAGUAUUCCUAGUCAACCUCAUAACAUGGGUCAGAAUCGAAGUCCUAGUGUAGGUCCAGUUGCUGGAGCAAUGAACAAUUCUAAUGCCUACAUGAAUGCUGUGAAGAGUCCUCACUCAAAUAUGGGAUCCCCGUCUCAUGGUGGAUUAAACAAAGGCGCUCAACAACAUAUUGUUUCUGAUUCAAUGAUGUUAGGUAAUAAUGUCAAUGUUUAUAGUGUGGCACAGAGUUCAAUGGGACCUAUGGGUGCAGGUAACGGAAUUGGUUCCAUGAAUAUGAAACCUAACCAACAACAGCUGAUGUCUGGCAUGAAUAAUGUCAACAUGAACCAGCUAUCGAAUCAGUUAUUAAAUGGACCUCAGUAUGGUGCAAGUAGUGUUGGUCAGAAUAGAAAUAUACCUGUGUCAGCUAUGAACAAUGCAAAUCACAUGUCAAUACCGCAAGGUAACGGAAUGUCCAUGUCUCAAUUGGGUGGUCAUCAGAAUGUGGGUCAUCCAAUGAAUGCCAAUCAAGUGCAAGUUCAACAACAAAUGAAGGGACCUCUUCCACCUGGACUUGGUGGUGGUGCUGGUGUGGGUUUUACCAACUAUAAUCCUCAGGCCCAUACUGGCCUUCCUUCGUCCACUGCUACCUUCAGCACAUCACUCCCAAAUACACUGACUUCAGUCUCUCUACCUUCACCUCCUCUUAACUUACCAGUCAGUGCUAACAGCGGUACGGGACAGGCCCCUCAGGCUCCUGGACAAGGACGCUCAACAGAACAAGAUAAAAGUAAACUUAUUCAACAGCAGUUAGUGCUCCUGCUCCAUGCUCAUAAAUGUCAGCGACGAGAAAAUACGAAUGGGGAGCAAGCUUGUACCUUACCUUAUUGUCGUACGAUGAAGAAUGUGUUAAAUCAUAUGACCACAUGUACAGCUGGUAAAUUAUGUCAGGUUGCACACUGUGCUUCAUCUCGUCAAAUUAUUACUCACUGGAAAAAUUGUACGAGAAAUGAUUGUCCCGUGUGUUUACCUUUAAAACAUGCUUCUGAUAGAAGAAAUCCAGCAGCUGUUGGCAAUAUGCCUCCCAAUUCUACAAUGCCUGCACCUAUAGCUCACAAUAAUACAAGUGGGCCUGUGAGUGAAGUCACUAUGAAGAGGGCUAUAGAUGCCUUGGGGUUAAGUAAUCGUCCACAACAAAUUGUUCCUGGAACCAUACCUAGUGCUACAACAACAUUAAAUCAAUCCAAUCAAAAUACUGCGUUACAACAGAUCUUGGGUCCAGGAAGUAUAACUUCUUUGCCUACUAUGACAGCAGCAUCAUCAGAAGCUCUGCAAAACAUGGCCAAGACAUCUCAGAUGACAAAAGAUUGGCACCAAUCAGUUACACAAGAUCUGAGAAAUCACCUAGUUCAUAAAUUAGUGCAAGCUAUAUUUCCUACACCGGAUCCCACAGCUCUCAAAGAUAACAGGAUGAAAAAUCUUGUUGCUUACGCUCGUAAAGUGGAGGGAGAUAUGUAUGAAACUGCCAAUAGUAGGGAGGAAUAUUAUCAUUUAUUAGCUGAGAAAAUCUAUAAAAUACAGAAGGAAUUGGAGGAAAAAAGAAUGCAGAGAAUACGUAGUGGUGGACCUGUUCAGGCAGGACCUUCCGGACCAGUACAACCACCAAGUACUGUUAGCUUACAGGGCUUACCACCUAGACCCACAGGAGCUCAGAAUGGACCAUUUUCUGGUCAUUCAGAUCUAGUCAAUUCCGGGUCAUCUUUAAAUAAUACAUUUAAUAACCAGUUACCAAAUCAACAACGUAUGACCAACCCUGUGUUAGCUGCUCCUCAAAAUCAGAUGUCAGUUGGUGGAUUAAAUUUGAAUGCUGGUCAUAAUGAUUCAAAUCAACAGUUAAAACAAGCUCUCCAAGGUCCCCAAAUUGGUCAGAUGUCUCAAAGAAUGCCUGGUAACCAGCAGUUGAUGUCCCCUCCUCUUCCCCAACUUCCGACACCACCACAGUUACAACAACCUGGCAUGUCUGGUAAGACAAAUCAACAGAUUUCUACAUCUAUUGGUAAGAAUCUGACUCCACCUCAUCAGAGUCCAGUUUCCACUGUGCAGUCAUCAAGUUCAAACCAAACAGUAUCCCAUCAAAGUGUUUUACAGAAACCAACUGGCCCUUCGUCUGCCCUGGCAGGCCUUAUCUCUUCUAAAAGUCAACCUGCCCUUCCAACACAGACUGCUGCACAUAUUGGACAAAAUAGCAAACAACCAUCUGGUAAGCAACUACCUUCAACAAGCUCACCAGCUCCUGUGUCUUCAGCAACCAAUCUUGUACAGUCGGAAACCGGAGGAGCUAAGACUAAUGUCCAUCUGACCAAUCUUCUUGCUUCACCAACCAAAGAAGUACCCAUGGCAUCAAAAGAGAACCAAGUAUCAGCUCCAGCCAAUAGUAGCACCAUAGAUAUUAAACAGGAGAUUAAAACUGAACCAAAUGUUAAACAGGAACCAGUGGAAAUGGAUACAUCAUCUACUCCAGCUCCAGCUCCAGAAACCCCUAAAGCUGAACCAAGUGAUACUAAUUCAAACGAUAUAAAAACAGAAGAUACUGCAUCUGGUGCUCCCUCAACCCCAGUUCAAUCUACACCAAAAUCUAAAAAGAUUUUCAAGCCAGAUGAACUUAGACAAGCCUUGAUGCCAACUCUCGAGAAAUUGUAUAGACAAGAUCCUGAGUCAUUACCAUUUAGGCAACCUGUUGAUCCUAUUGCGUUAAGCAUACCGGAUUAUUAUGAAAUUGUGAAGAAACCUAUAGAUCUGUCAACAAUAAAAAGAAAGUUAGAUACAGGACAGUACAAUGAUCCAUGGGAAUAUGUUGAUGAUGUCUGGCUAAUGUUUGAAAAUGCCUGGGUCUAUAAUAGGAAGACAUCUAGAGUCUAUAAAUUCUGUUCUAAGCUGGCUGAAGUAUUUGAAUCUGAAAUUGACAGUGUUAUGCAGUCAUUAGGUUAUUGUUGUGGAAGAAAGUUUAUGUUUAGUCCACAAGUUCUGUGUUGUUAUGGUAAACAGUUGUGUACUAUACCUAGAGACUCAAUGUAUUACAGUUACCAGAAUAGUUCACGGAAAUUGGGCCUUCUCUCUGACAGAUAUGUGUUUUGUGAGAAGUGUUUUCAAGAAAUACAGGGUGAUGAAGUGGAGCUCUCUGAUGAUCCUACACAGAUAGCCACGAGAAUUAAAAAGGAUCAGUUUAUGCAACUAAAAAAUGAUCAACAAGAUUAUGAACAAUUUAUUGAGUGUAAUGAGUGUGGCAGAAAGCAUCAUGUGAUUUGUGUUCUCUGGUUUGAACCUAUUUGGCCACAGUACACAUGUGAUAACUGUUUGAAAGCCAAAGGUAUAAAGAAAAAAGAAAAUCGAUAUUCUGCUAAAAAAUUACCAACAACAAAACUUGGUAUUUAUUUAGAAAACCGUGUAAAUAAUUAUCUAAAGAAGAAAGAUGUGGAAGCUGGUGAAGUGAAUAUACGAGUUCUGUCUAGUUCUGAUAAAGUGGUUGAAGUUAAACAAGGGAUGAAAUCAAAAUUUGGGGAUGAAAUUCCAGAUGGCUUUCCAUAUCGAUCAAAGGCAAUGUUUGCUUUUGAAGAAAUAGAUGGGGUUGAUGUUUGUUUCUUUGGCAUGCAUGUGCAGGAAUAUGGUUCAGAGUGCCAGAUGCCAAAUACCAGGCGUGUGUACAUAUCGUAUUUAGACAGUGUUCAUUUUUUUCAACCAAGACAUUUACGAACAGCUGUGUAUCAUGAAAUUCUUAUUGGAUAUUUAGAAUAUGUGAAAAACAUGGGAUAUACUGUGGCCCAUAUUUGGGCAUGUCCUCCAAGUGAAGGUGAUGACUAUAUUUUCCAUUGCCAUCCCCCAGAACAAAAAAUUCCUAAACCAAAGCGAUUACAAGACUGGUAUAAGAAAAUGUUAGAUAAAGCUAUUAUAGACAGAGUGUGUUCAGAUUAUAAGGACAUAUUAAAAGAUGCAAUAGAAAGUAAUUUAAAAAGUGCUACAGAAAUGGCUUACUUCGAAGGUGAUUUCUGGCCCAAUGUUGUUGAGGAGAGUAUUAAAGAAUUAAAUCAAGAAGAAGAAGAGAAGAAGAAACGAGAAGAAGCACAAGCUGCAGCAGCUGAAGCUGAAGCUAAUGAGUGCAAUGAAGAAAUGGAUGGUUCAACUGGAGAGAAAAAAGGAAGAAAUAAAAAAGCUUACAAAAGUAAAAACAACCAGAGAAAAGUUACCAAAAAAUCAAACUUACCCCAGGGCAGCAAUGAUCUCACCAACAAGUUGUAUCAGACCAUGGAAAAACAUAAAGAGGUUUUCUUUGUGAUAAGGUUACAUCCUCAACAAAAUCCUCCUGGCAUGCCCCCAAUUCAGGAUUUAGAUCCCCUGUGUAAUUGUGAACUUAUGGAUGGUAGAGAUUCCUUCCUUACCCUAGCCAGAGAGAAACAUUAUGAAUUUUCUUCUUUUCGACGAGCCAAAUACUCAACCUUGGCUAUGUUAUAUGAACUGCAUAAUCAAGGAAAAGAUGCCUUCUAUUAUACUUGUAAUAACUGUAAAACUCAUGUGGAAACCCGGUAUCAUUGUUCUGUUUGUGAGGACUUUGACCUGUGUAUCACAUGUUAUAAGAAAUCUAGUCAUCCACACAAAAUGGAUCGACUUGGUUUUGAUUUGGAUGACGGCUCAUACAAUGGAGAAAAACAAGAAAAUCCUCAGGAAUCUCGUCGUCAAUCUAUUCAAAGGUGUAUUCAGUCUUUGGUGCAUGCAUGUCAGUGCAGGGACGCUAAUUGUAGACUUCAUAGUUGCCAAAAAAUGAAACGUGUUGUUGCUCAUACAAAAAGUUGUCGGAAGAAGAGUAAUGGUGGUUGUCCUAUCUGUAAACAAUUAAUAGCUUUAUGUUGCUACCAUGCAAAACAUUGUAAUGAACAAAAGUGUCAAGUUCCAUUCUGUACACAAUUAAAACAUAAAUUACGUCAUCAACAAUUACAACAGAGACUACAGCAGGCUCAGUUACUGCGAAGAAGAAUGGCCAUCAUGACAGCAUCGUCAACCGGGGGACAAGCUGCAGCUCUACAAGCUAAUUCUACACCAGCCAUACAAGCACCACCACAGCAACUUAAUAUGGUUAAUGAUGGUAAACCUCAGGCUGCUCCUCCAGCCGGUGCUAUGAAAGCUGCACAAGAAGCCCAGGAUGCUGCUAAUGCCCAACGAAACCUGCUUGCUGGACAAAUUAACAUGGGUGGUAAACCAGGCAGUUUACAACAACAACAACAACAACAGCAGCAACAGCAGCAGCAGCAGCAACAACAACAGCAGCAGCAGCAGCAACAACAACAACAGCAACAACAACAACAAGCACAGAAAAUGGUUCCUAGUCCGGUUAUCAAUCAAAUGCCCAAUCCCAUGCAACAGCCAGUUCAAAGACCACAAUGGGGUCAUGCUGCACCACCAGCUUAUCCAAACCAAUCAAUUAAUCAACCACGAAUGCCUGUGAACCAGAUCAGAAUGCCAAUGCCGUCACCCACCCAACAGCAACAGCCAGGACCAGGUGGUAUGACUAUGAAUGCUCCAAGAAAAGCAUCUCUUCAGCAGUUGAUGGCUGCCUUGAAAAAUCAGACACCCCAAACAAAGGUGUUGGACAUGUUGAAAGAUAGUCCUGAACUCAUGGCCUCUGUUCUCAAAAUGAGAAACCUAAAGAACCAGCAGAUGCAACAACAACAGCAACAGCAACAACAACAACAACAGCAGCAACAACAGAUGGGAGGUAUGGGGGUUCAACAGAUGCAGCAGUUGUCUAAUCCACAAGUGCACCAGAUGUUGCAAAUGAGAAGGCAAAAUCUGCAACAACAUCAACAACAACAACAGCAGCAUCAGCAGCAGCAUCCACAGCAUCCACAGCAUCCACAGCAACAUCCGAUGAAUCACUUUCCAAACCAAAACCCAAUGCAGAGUUUUGCAGGUCAACGGCCCAGAAUGGGAUUUCCAGGCCAGGGCUUCCCAAAUGAUAAUUCUCAACACAUGUUUCAGCAGCAACAAAUGAUGCAACAUCCCCAAUUUAAACAACAUCUGGCUGGUGGUAAACCAAUGAGUCCACAGCAUCUGAUGGCACAACAGAAUAAUCCUACUCAACAACUUAUGCAGCAGAUGCGUUCACCCCAAACAUCAGUACAGCUGAAACAACACGUCAUGUCCGGUGGAAAACCUCAUAGCCCACAACAGAUGAUGGCUCAACAGGCUAACCCUUCUCAACAAAUUAUGCAGCAGGUUAGGUCACCACAGACAUCAGUGCAUCAAGUGCAGUUAAGACAGAAUGAUAAUAUGAUGUCUCCCUCUCCCCAGGGCAAUGUGGCUCUACCACAAACUGUUAGAUCUCCACAACCUACACCAUCACCUCGGCAACAUUUAGCACCUUCACCACGUCAACUUCAGCAGUCACCCCACCACAUACCUCCCAAUCAGUCGCCCCAUCCUGUGGGAGCUCAUCCUUUGGGUGAUCCAAAUCAAAUUACAGAUCAAGUCAUGCUACCCCAGUUACAAGGCCAGCACCCAAACAUGCAACCCCAUCCAAACAUGUCCCAGUUACGAAGUCCUGCCCCCGAUAAUAAAAUUCCUCAAAUGACUCCUCAAGAUAAAUUAUCACAUUAUGUUGACUCCUUAUAGUACAGACUUAAUUUAAUGGUGCGUUAUAUUAUUAUCUUGUUAUAUGUAAAUAUAUAUAAAUACAUGCAAAUUAACUUAUGUAAAAUAGACAUAUUAUAGAGAUUGAUCAUCAUCGUAUUUUGUCAUGGUUUUUUUCCAUUUUUUCAGAACAAAUUGUGAAUUUAUAUAAUGGGAUAAAUGUUUUAUUAUAUAAGAUUUUAUAUAAUCUGCUAGCUACAAUGCAAGUUGGCAGUUGAGUUAUUCGAACAUUUUCAAUUGACCAUGGACAUAUGAACACUGUUGAAAUUGUACACAGCAGAGCUAUUGUAUAGUAAAUGUUGACGAGUCUCUUCUGUGUUAUUUUUUCACUCUAGUAUGUGUUGUAGUUCUAAUUAUUAUUAUUAUUAUUUUUUAAACCCUACUGUGACUAGUUGUAGAUAAUAAGUUUUUAUAAUGGUGGCCAACUCUCCGGUCAACUAUGGCUUCCAGAGUAAAAUCACUAACAAUCCAUCGACAUCCAUUGUGUGCUCAUUGUUCUGAACCAGUACUGUGCAGCUAAUUUAAGGAUAUUUAUUCAUCUCGUAUUGUUAACAUGGAAUUUGAUGUAGCUGUGAUGUGAAAUGCUACCUUUAACAGACUUGAAAGGCACCAAAAGAAUGUAUAUUAGAAUUAUAUAUACUGUAUAUAUAUACAUUGUUAUGUCUAUACCAAAAUAUAGGCAUGCCAACUGGAUGCCUACAGAUGAAAGGAAUGGAUGAUGUGAAAAGUGAUUUCAAUUCAUGUGAUUUUGUGCAUAGUAAACUCUUUGUUUGUUGGCCUUCAUGUCCACUACUUAACUUGUUUUGUACAUGUGUGCACUUUCUCUUAUUGUGAUGUCCUUGUGUUCAUUGUGUGUUAUUAUGACAUCAGGACAGAUAUCUUUUUGUUACUAAUUCGUCCCUGUCCAUCUGUCUAUGGUUAAAACAUAAUCUUCUCCUAUUUGCAUUCAAAUUUCACUUGGGUGGAAUUGUGUAAAUAAAAUAAAGUAUUCUAUAAAGAUUUGAA